ACUCCAUACUUCAGCUAACAAACAGCUCUUUCUAUAAAUCUGCACAGAGACUUUAAUUCACAUGGAUACAUCUGUCAGACGCUAGCUGUCGCUUUUUCAUUUUAUAUGGUUUAGUUUGUAUUUGGUGGAUUUACUUGCUUCUUCUCUUGGAAGAAUAGCAAAGAUGAUUAAGACUAUGUUUGAACACGCGAAGAAACAUCCUGGGUUAAUCCCUCAAUUUGUCUUCCUGACUCUGGGCAUCACAGGGGCCACCUUCUAUCUGAUCCGUCUGGCAAGAGGACCUCAUGUCACCCUGUGGAAUAAAAAGAACAACCCAGAGCCCUGGAACAAGCUUGACCCAACCUACCAGUACAAGUUUGUGGCCAUCAACACAGACUACAAGAACCUGAAGAAAGAGGGCCCUGACUUCUAAAGGUCCUCCAGGCAACUCCAGGGGCACCGAGUUUGGCAGGACCUCCCGCUGUCACCUCAGUGAUGUGAAACGUCUUCCUGAACGUUUCCUCAGAUUCACCUCACGACAACAGCUCCGAAUUAACACUGUAACCCUGAGAACAAAUACUAUUAAAGAUUACAUGAGGAAGAA